CCCCUGAGCAGCCGCACAGGCCCUGGGGAGAUAGGCUUAGCCUAACCUCGAGUACAAGGCCGUCCCAGCUAACAGAGCUUGGCAGAAGACCUCAGGAGAGCAGCUCCCGUCUGACCAGAGGUCCUGGAGGGUCCUUGGAGGAGAAGUGGUGUCUGGCUGUAACAAACCAUGCGAUGAGCCAUGCCCCGCCCUGGACACCCCCGCCCAUCAUCUGGGCCACCACGUUUGGGACCCUGGGAGCAGCCAACAGAAUUAUGCCUGGAGACAUACGAUAAGCCAGCCCAGCCUCUGCCAAGCCACCGAGCCCGUAGGCCAGACCCCAAGGACCCUGGCCAUUAUGGCCCCGAGAGCAUUACCUUCAUCUCUGGCUCCGCUGAGCCAGCUGCCGAGCCCCCUGCCUGCUGCCUGCUCUGGCGACCCUGGGUGUGGGACUGGUGCCGGGCUGCCUUCUGCUUCCGCCGCUGCCGAGACUGCCUCCAGCGCUGUGGAGCCUGUGUGCAGGGCUGUAGCCCCUGCCUGUCUGCUGGGGACUCCGCUGAGGGGGCUGCCGAAGCCAGCUGGGCCAAGGAGCACAAUGGUGUGCCCCCAAGCCCUGACCGUGCACCCCCCAGCCGGCGGGAUGGCCAGCGACUCAAGUCAAACAUGGGCAGCAGCUUCAGCUACCCUGACGUCAAGCUCAAAGGCAUCCCUGUCUAUCCUUAUCGCAACACCCCGUCCUCAGCCCCUGACGCGGACUCCUGCUGCAAGGAGCCACUGGCCGAGCCCCCGCCCCUGCGGCACAGCCUGCCCAGCACCCUGGGCAGCAGCCCCCGUGGCUCCGAGGAGUACUACUCUUUCCAUGAGUCGGACCUGGACCUGCCGGAGAUGGGCAGCGGCUCCAUGUCGAGCCGGGAGAUUGACGUGCUCAUCUUCAAGAAGCUGACGGAGCUGUUCAGCGUGCACCAGAUCGAUGAGCUGGCCAAGUGCACGUCGGACACGGUGUUCCUGGAGAAGACCAGCAAGAUCUCAGACCUCAUCAGCAGCAUCACGCAGGACUACCACCUGGACGAGCAGGACGCCGAGGGCCGCCUGGUGCGCGGCAUCAUUCGCAUCAGUACCCGGAAGAGCCGCACCCGCCCACAGACCUCAGAGGGGCGCUCCACGCGGGCUGCUGCCCCCGCUGCCCCCGCCCCUGACAGUGGCCAUGAGACCAUGGUGGGCUCGGGUCUCAGCCAAGAUGAGCUGACAGUGCAGAUCUCCCAGGAGACCACGGCGGACGCCAUCGCCCGGAAGCUAAGGCCUUAUGGAGCCCCAGGGUACCCAGCCAGCCGUGACUCGUCUUUCCAGGGCACGGACACAGACUCGUCUGGGGCACCCCUGCUCCAGGUGUACUGCUGACCCCAGCAGGCCCAGCGGCACCACCCUCCAGGGAAGAGCAUGGCCUGCAGAAUAGAGGGCCCAGGACGCCCCGUCUCAGGGAGGCUGGGCCAGGAACCUGGUAGUGUGCGCUCUGGCACUCUGGCCAACUGACUCCUGUAUCCUGGUUCCCACACCCUAAGGCCUCCCCAGCUAGCCUGACCCCGGCCCAGGCUUGCUCCUUCCAGCCCAUGGCUUUCGGUGGCUCUCCAGAGAAAACAAAGAAUUCAGUUACCUUCCAGGAUUGAAUCCUGACUCUAUCCCGUAAUAUGGCACUUGUACCAAUCAUGCAAACUUCUCCCUCCCAGGGGGACCCUCCAGCUAAAAGCAGUAAGUGGACUGGGUUGGGGGCGGGCAGGGCCCACUCCACGUCGUUCUGUUCUGUUGUUUGACUGUUCUGUUAACAUGACCAUAGUUGGCGGUACAAA